AAAACUCCGAACUCAUCUGUUCCAUUUCAACAACAUAAGAAGAGAAACUAAUUAACUUAAUUGAGUGAGUGUGUGUGUGUGUGAGAGAGAGAAAAUGGUGGUUAACAAAGCUUCAUCGUUUUGGAAAUCCCCAUUGCCUUACUUAUUUGGUAGCUUAGGAUUUAUGGUGAUUCUCAUCGCCAUAGCCUUAAUCAUACUUGCUUGCUCCUAUCGCAAGCGAUUUAGGUCUGCCGAAGGCGGCGGCGGCGGCGGCGGCGACGAUGAGGAGAAAUCGGUGAAGCCCCAUAACCCCACCGCCGUUGUGAUGGUGCCUCAGAUUCUGGUCAUCAUGGCCGGCGCUGAAAAUCCCACUCAUUUAGCCGUUCCGGCGGUCUCUUCUUCUUCUUCUUCAUUACCGAAAGCCGGUGAUGAAUCUGCCGACCACCACCGAGAUCGUCCCGCCGGCGAUGAACAAGUCUGAGCCCAAAUGAUGAUAUCAAGUUUGGAUUUCCCAUGCAAGCUUCAAUUUAGGCGUUUUAGUUUUUCCAAAUGAGCGAAAAAUUUUGUUUAGAAUUUAGAAUUUAAUUUAGUCUCCCGGAAAUGUAAAUUAGGUUGAUGAUGAGGUUAAUGAAUUCUCUGAUAAGAGAAAAUUUU